GCUGCCCCCGGAGUUUUGGCCAAUCGUAACCCGCCGUUUGCGCGUCCUCCGCUCUUCCCUCCGGCCACCGCCUGCCGCCCCUUCCGGAAGCACCACCGCUCCUUUCCCGAGCCACCACCGCUCCUUUCCCGAGCCAACAUCGCCCCUUCCGCCGGAGCAGGAGUUGGGCUGGGCUGGGCUGGGCUGGGCUGGGCCGCGGGGCACGGUCUCGGCCAUGGUCUGGGCGUUCGUGCUGCUGUCGCCGGGCGGGCAGGCCGGGCAGGCUCCCUGCCGCGUGCUGUACGCGCGCGCCUUCGGGACCUCUCCUGGGACCCCUCUCGGGGGUCCCCGGCAGCGCCUUCGCCGCAAGGAGCAGCUACUGGUCGUGGCCAGACAAGUGGCUUCCCAGUGCCAGCUGCUUCAGUCAUCCCUGGGCCGCCUGUCCUCCCCACAGCUCCCCCAGCUGCCUGAUGAGCCGGUGUCACUCCAAGAUGCUCCGGGGGGGCUUUUCCAGAUGCCCCCUGGAGACCCCUUCCCUGAGCGGGUGACAGUAGUCUGGUUAUCAGUGCUGGCCCUCGCCUGUGCUUUGGUUUGUGACCCCCAGGAAAAUCUGUCCUUGGCUGAAAUCACCCUGCGGCGCCUGGCUCCCCGCCUGCUCAUCUCCUUGCGGCUCCUCAGCCCUGGCGCUGACGUCCUGCUCCGUCCGGAUGCUGCUGAUGCCCUCCUGGAUCGUCUCCUGCCCCAUGGGCAGAUGCUUUUUCUCAAUGAACGUUUCCUCCAGGCAGUGGACCGGGAGCUGGGCAUCAAAGCAUCCCGCUGAGCUACAGAUGACAUCCCUGCCCACGACCCCUGGAUAUUUUUCACUGGGGAGAGACAAGGGAAGGAUCUGAGAUGGUUGCCAAGCCCCAGCAGGAUGGAUGGGAAAAGUAGCUCAGGAAUAAAGAGCAACAUGCCGGCAAAGAGGGGGAUUUUAAUCCAUUUAUCCCCCAACUUUGUUGUGGGAGAGCUAAUAGCCAUCCCCAUAAAUCCAUCUGGAGCUGGAACAAGUGCCGUGUUCCUGCACCGUGUUCCUGCGCUGUAUUCUUGCACCGCUCCAUGCGCACGUGACAGUGGGCGGUGGCUCCACAUGGCCGUGAAUGGACAUUAAAAGAGGGAUGCCGGGUUACCCCAGCUGGAUGUUACAGGGCAGGUGGGGGGUUCCUGGCAGGGGAGACCUGGCUGUAGGCAGUGCAGAACCCCUCUGCUUUGGGAUGGGAGCUCACCUCAGGACAGGAGGAACCCCAGGGAACAUGGGGAAGCCGGGGGUGUGCAACCAGGCCUGGCGCAUCAGGGUCACUGGGUGGGUGAUUUAUUUAAAACAGGCAGCGAGGCAAGAUGUGGCCAUGCGCCUGACACAGCGGGUUGGUUGUCACCGGGUGAUGCUGCUUGGGAACAGGGGACCUAUGUGACACCCUGGGAGGUGGCUGGAGCCAGCACCAAACUGCACAGCUCUUCCAGCUGCCACCAGGGUGCAGUGGGGAUCAGGGCUCUAUCCUAGCAGUUUCUGAGUGCUGGGAGAGUCAGAGAACCAGGAUGUGUGGCUCUGCCUGGAGGCCCCUGACCUACUAUACAAGCACAUGGUAGUGGGUUUUUGAAAAAGGGGUAGGAUGAAAAGGAAGAGAGAAAAUAAGAGAUGAAUUAAAGGGGCAGAGAAAGAAAGAGAGGAAGAAAGAGAGAAAGAGAAGAAGGAAGAAAAAAAGAAGGAAGGAAGGAAGAGAAAGGAAAGAGAGAUCACCAGUCCUGGUUCCAUCCAUCCAACUGAUGGGAUGUCCAGGGUUCCGAGGACACAGCCCAGGCUUGGUGGGGGUACAUUUUUAUAGAUAGGUUUCCCUGCCCUGAAGACAGAUUUCUUACUUUCUAUGCAAAUUAGUUCUCAUGCAGUCUGUUCUUUCACACCCUUCUGGAAAUGGGUUGGGGGGGGUUGGGUAUCUUGGAUGGUCUUGUCCCCCCCACCAGAUUGACCUUUGGUUGACGGUAUGUGCCUGCUUCUGUGAUGAUGCUGUCUUAUUUUUUUAGUUGUGUCUCUGUGGACUAGAACAAGGAUGUUUGUCCCAGAAAAGUGCUGCCCUACCUCUGCAUGGCCCCUUUAUCCUGUCAUAUCUUGUUCUUCCUUGUGGCAUGUUAGUUCCAACAGUCCUUGGUUGGCUCCAUGGCCAUCCUGCUGUCGGUGUUUGAGAUUUACACAUCGUCCCCUUUUCUUCUGGGCUUCUACACCACCCUAUGGCUCAAACAUCAAUAGGGCCCUUGAAAAGGUGAUCCCUUGAAAAGGGAAAAGAAGGGAAAGAGAGGUAGAGGGAGGGGCAAAUGCAUUCUGUAAAUUAUCUCUGAGCUUUGGGAUAAUCUCUCCAUAAUUCUCCACACCUUAACGUACAAUCCAAUUACCAAAAUGAAAAGCAGAAAGGUUAAUACUAAAAGAACAAUCACAGUGCCACAUUUUGUUAAAAAUUCACAUUGCUGUUGGCGACCAUCCAAAUAAAAUGUCACACCAGAGGUGUUCCCCAUCUUUCUUCACCCGUUCCAUCACCCAGUGGACUUUUUCCACAUCUUGGUGAACAGUAGUCAGUCUUUUUUCUGUUGUCUUGUGCUUGCUUCAACAGUCAUCUCAGGUCCUCAUGUUGUAGCACCUUUUUUACCAGUGUGAGGUUCAUACCAGUGGGAAUGGGUUUUAAAGCUAAGAUCGAGGUGUAUUUAGAUUUCAACAACUGGUAGGAGUUAAUCAGAGCUGAAUGAUUGAAAUCCUACCCCUUGAUUUGAACAAAUUUACAAAUGUUAGAAUGAUUUUUUGUUAUUACUACCUGCUUAUCUACAAUUACGUGAUCACAAGGUGUUCCUAAGCAAACACAUCUCUUGCCUGCAUACACAUGCAUGUUUUCUGUGUUGCAAUCUGAACAAAUUUCAAAAUGGCAUAUUUUGCUCAGUAAUCAAGAGAAGUGUCUUGAGCCCUUAGUGUAUUUCCUGACAGAUAAAUCCUUGUUGUUCCUGCACAAUGCAUGCAUCGACUUCUGUAGUUUGCCAUUUUUCCCCUUCUUUCUAGGCCCAUACCCUAUGUUCUGUGGGGUAUAAUACAGUUCCAUUAUAAAUUAAUCCUAAAGCAUGAUGAGAUAUAUUUUUUACACUUUAGCAUUAAGCACUGUUAACACAAAGGCAGUGACCGUAUAAUUUUUGAGGUUAUAGGUAAAGUUGACUAAAUGCCACCAGGACAGGAAAUUUCUUUUAAACUGUUUUCCCAAAUUACAUUCCUAAUCUCAGUGGGCAAGGUACUGUCUUCACUUUCUCAUAUGAUAGCAGCUGUCAUAUCUUGCAUGCACAAUUGGGCUUGAAUACAACCAAGAGCCAAAGAGACAUUGUCUUGGAGUGUUUCAAUGGUGUUAGCAAUUAACUGUUGAUGAGAACCAACUGGAAUCUGAAUGUAUGGGCCAUUAUUUUGUAUGCAUUCAUAGGAUUCCACUUGCUGGAUUUCAGUGUCACCUGGUUUAUGGCCAGAAUUCUCUUGCAAGUCAGCCACUGAAUCAGAUCUAAUGGA